AUGGAAGACAAUACUGCAGCUAGGAAGUUUUCUGUACCUGAGACGACUCUCAGAGAUCGUGCUAGGGGUAGGAUCCAUCCAGAAACUCUUAAAUCAGGGACUGAACCAAUUCUUAGUUUAGGAGAGGAGUCUAGACUUGUUGAACAUCUAAAGUUCAUGAGUAGUGUGGGGUACGGAUACACCAGGUUGGAGGUCACUACACUGGCAUCUCAGUAUGCUGUUCAACUGGGAAAACGAAAUAGAGAUGAUCCCUUUUCUCUCCUUUGGUAUUAUGAAUUUAUGAAGCGAUGGCCUUCUCUCAAGCUGGACAAGCCACACCCUCUCGAAGUUUUCAGAGCAAAGGCGACAUCGCAGGAAGCAGUUUCCAAAUAUUUCGUCAAACUUCGGGCCGUGCCAGAGAAAUCAUCAACAACAACUUUAAUUGGUUGUGGGAAGGCUCUCGGACAACAAAUCCCUCCUUACUUCGUACUUAAGGGACAGCGUCUGCGUUUGGAUAUUCUAUCUGGAUGUACCCCAGGUACCAAUGCCACAACUAGUGAUUCAGGGUGGUCAACUAUGGAAAUAUGUUCCACUUAUUUGAAUGAUCACUUCCUGAAAUACGCUCAGAGGUCAGAUCUGUCACAGCCGAUUCUCCUUCUUUACGACGGGUACUGCUCUCAUGUUUCUCUCCCCAUCAUUGACUGGGCCAUAUCUCAGAACAUUUUCCUGAUGGAAAACCGUGAAGCCGACGACUCACUUUUUAGACAGAAGGAAGACGCUCUGCACAAAAUCAAGUCUGCAGCAGCACUGAAGCGGAAAGUCCUCAACUCUAUCGUCAAUGGUAAAGCCAUCACAGAAGAAAAUACAGUCUUCAAAAUUCAAGAACACACUCAGAAACACCCUGUCAAGAAGAGGAAGCAACAGCCUGCACAGAAGAAAAAAGUAUCACAAGUUCGUUCAACUCUCUCUGCCAAACCAAGCACGUCUGGAUUGUCUCAUGUACGAGAGGUUGUCGCAAGUGACAGCGGUACAGACACGGACAAUGAGGGUGAUGACGAA